UCAUCUUAAUUAAUAGUUUGAAAAAAUGGGAAAUAUAUUUGUAAUUUUGAAGCCAAUUAUUCAUGUUGUAAUGAAAGCUGCUGGAAUGACAUCCCAAUUAGUGGAAAUAGAACCAGGAACCACAAUGCAUUUUUGGGUUCCAACUGAAUCUAUUCAUCCAAACAACAAGUUAACAAAUAAAUCUCCAGUUUUAUUUGUUCAGGGAUUUAUUGCCAAUGGAAUUGUUACAUGGCUUUUUCAAGUACUCUCCUUAUGUUCAAAUUUCGCUGUCUACGUACCUGAUUUACUAUUCUUUGGAGAUUCCAUCACCACUCGCCCUGAAUGGUCAACAAGUAUUCAGGCGGAAUGUUUAGCAAAGGGAAUGAUGAAGUUGGGUGUGGAAAAGUUUUCUCUUGUUGGGUUUAGCUAUGGAGGAAUGGUUGGGUUCAAGUUGGCUCAAUUGUAUCCUCACAUGGUUGAAUCUAUGGUUAUGACAAGCGCAGUUAUUGAGAUGACUGAAUCUAUAAGCAAUGCUUCUUUGAAGAAUGUUGGGUUUACAAAUUGGCCUGAUUUUCUUUUGCCUAAAACUGUCUCUGGAGUUAAAGUGCUUCUAUCUAUUGGUACUCAAAAGUUGCCAUGGCUUCCUGAAUUUUUCUACAAGGAUUUUCAUGAGACAAUGUUUGGCAACAGAAAGAAGAAAGUGGAACUUCUUGAAGCUUUAGUAGUCAGUGACAAAGAUGCCACUAUUAAGACCCCUAACUACUCUCAGAGAAUUUAUAUUUUAUGUGGAGACGAUGACAAGAUUUUUAAUAAGACAUUUUCUGAUGACAUGAAAAAGAAGUUGGGAGAAAAUGCUACAGUUCACUACAUAAAAGAUGCAGGACAUCUGGUUCAUUUGGAACGACCAUACAUUUAUAAUCAUUAUCUCAAGAAAUUUCUAACAUCCUCAUAAAGUGAUUGAUGUGUAUGCAAACAUGUGACAAAUUUAUUUAAUAGUGAUUUAAGUUCUAUAG